AUGGAAAUCCUAGGAAAUUUAGUCCAUCCUCUGAAAUCAAUACUGGUGACAGGCGCGCUGCCUGCCUCCGCGGGAGCCGGGGAUGAUAAAUUGCCUGCGCAUCCGCCCGGCCUAUCAGUGCCCGGCGCUCCGCCCGCCCCCGGCCGCGCCCGCCGCCGCCGCGGGGACACCGGGGCCGCCGCACGGCGCUGCGGAACCGCGCGGAGCGGGAUGCAGCGGGAUGCAGCGGAGGGAUGCGCGGCGCGGCGCCUGCCACACCCGCAGGCAGCGGUGCGACACCGAGCUCGGCACGUCGGUGGCGUUACCGCUUUAAAAAAAAAAACAAAAAAAAACCCACAAAAAAACCACAAAAAAACCCCGAAAAGAAACCAAACCAAAACAAAACCAAAAGCCCAACCAAACAAACAGAAAACCCGCAGAAAUAAUCCGGCAGAAUUCCACAAACGCCGCGGAAUGGGAUCUCUCGCCUUCGUGCUGGAUGGAGCCGCCCCCGCCCCUAGUCCCACCGCGGCGCUUCCCGCUUGGAAGCGAGCGGGCAGAGCACGGCACGGCACGGCACGGCCGGGAUGCCGCGUGGAGACCCGCCAAGCACAUCUGCCGUCUCCUUGGCCGCACACAGAGCAGGCGCCCACUCCUGCACAGGUGCUGGAGCGACCUCGGCCAAGCAACUGCUGAGAACAGGUUUGUCAAGCUAGUCACC